AAAGUACGCAUGCGCGGUAAAUCAUUCCAUAGCAAGGUGGCGGCCAGUCGCGCGCUCCUGAAACGCAGUUUCCGCGAAUCGGUGCUUGACGAAAAAAGUGUGCGUGAACCGCGUGCUACCGCAAUCGAAAUGCCGAUCAAACUACGGAUCAUUUAUUCGCCAAACAAUCUGUUGUUUAAAUGAAAAUAAAAGAUUCGGGGAGCAUUUUCCAAAUGCUGUCAAUAUGGAUUCCCACGUUGGUCUCGACUAUAUCGUGGAUAAUCCUGAUUACUGCGUCAAGCUUGCCUCGGCCUUGGACACCGCUUGUCCCUCGGUGAAGAAGCAAGUGGUAGAAUUGCUUUCGGCGUUGUGUGUUUAUAGUCAGGAUGGAAGGCAGAGGGCUAUCGAUACUCUUCACGCAUAUCAGAAACGAAAAACUGAACGAUAUCGUUUACGAAUCGUGGUAGAAGAAUUGCAAAACGCAACCGGCGAAGAUUAUCGAACCGCGCUGUUGGCAUUCAUUAAUUGUUUGGUCAUCUCUACCCCGGUGCUGAAGGAUCGCAUAAGAAUUCGCAACGAGUUCAUCGGUUUGAAGCUCCUUCCGAUUUUGAACGAGCUGCGGAAAAGCCACGCACCGGAUCUAAGAGUGCAGCUCGAUGUUUUCGACGAUCAGCGAGAGGCUGACGAGGAAUUAUCGAAUCACGGACCGCCCGGGAUCGAUCUUUCUUCCCACGUGGACGUUUUUUACGCGAUAUUUGGACAAGUAAGAAUCGAACAUGGUCGAAUUUAUUUUCUGAGCAUCCUUCAACAUCUGUUGCGGCUCGAUCCGAAAGACGCCGCGAGCGAUUUGGCGUGGGACACGGCGGAAACGUUGGUCCACAGAGCAACUCUGUUGGAGAAUCGAGAAGACGCUACCAAGCUGUUGCGUUCGCCUAGCCUUCAGGCGAAUCUCUGCUGCCACUGUCGGGCCACCGAUCAAACGUGCGGAACAUCACGNCAAAAAAAAACCAUCAAUUGGAACAAGAUACCUAAUCACAAGGUGAUCGGAAAACGCAACAUUUGGUCCCUGGUUGCCGACGAACACCAAAACUCUCCGAUGGCGGAUAUAGAUUGGGCGGAAAUGGAGGGUCUCUUUUGUCAACAAGUACCUCCCGUGUUACCAGCCACCUCGUGCUCCUCCCACGGAACCAACUCGGACGCCGAGAAACGACGAAGGGAACCGACCGAGAUCGCGCUUCUCGAUGGAAAGAGGAGUUUGAACGUCAAUAUAUUUUUAAAACAAUUUCGAAGCUCGAACGAGGAUAUUAUCCGGCUAAUAAAGGAUGGCAGCCACGACGAGAUAGGGGCUGAAAAGUUGCGCGGCCUUUUGAAAAUUUUGCCCGAGGUGGACGAAUUAGAGAUGCUGAAGAGCUUCGACGGCGACAAGUCGAAGCUAGGAAACGCGGAGAAAUUCUUUCUCCAACUCGUUCAAGUGCCAAAUUACAAACUGCGUAUAGAGUGUAUGCUGUUGAAGGAAGAAUUCGCCGCCAAUAUGAGCUAUUUGGAACCGAGCAUCAACUCUAUGAUCCUAGCGGGCGAAGAUUUGAUGACGAACAAACCUCUUCAAGAGGUGUUGUACAUGGUUCUGGUAACUGGAAACUUUCUCAAUUCGGGUGGUUACGCUGGGAACGCCGCCGGGGUAAAAUUGUCCUCUUUGCAAAAAUUGACCGAGAUUCGUGCGAAUAAACCUGGAAUGAAUCUUAUACAUUACGUGGCUCUGCAAGCCGAAAGAAAGAGGAAGGAUUUGUUGGAUUUCGCGAAGAACAUGAGCACGUUGGAGGCCGCCACGAAGAGUACAACGGAGCAGUUAAACAACGAAUUUAACGCACUCGACACAAAGAUAAAAAAGAUCAAGGCACAGAUUAAUUUCCCUUCGACGGAAACCGACAUACAGAAACAGAUGGCACAAUUUUUACAGAUCGCGGAACAAGAGAUGAGUCAGUUGAAACGAGACAUGGAAGAGCUGGAAACGUUGAGGCGAUCGCUCGCCGAAUUUUUCUGCGAGGACGGUAACACGUUCAAAAUUGAGGAGUGUUUCAAGAUAUUCCAUCAAUUUUGCCUGAAAUUCAAUCAAGCUGUCGCGGAGAACGAAAGACGUAGAAUUCAAGAAGAACAGGUACUGGCAAGGCGCAAGCAACGAGAAGAACAACUUUUGGCUAAAAAACGAUUAUGUGAGUUUUUGUUACCUCAAAGUAAANNNGAAUGCAAUUUAAUCAGUUACGAUCCUUUCGAUUUUGCUACCGGUUUACCUCAAAGGAAUUACAGUCGUAGCGAUGUUAAGAUGAAAAGACUGCAAAACGGUAUCGUCACUUCUGACGAAGAUGUCUCGAUAACCGGAUCACCCAAUAUCCGACGACGUUUAGGUUCUUGUUCCGGUGGGAUCGUCGAUCAACAAUCUACCAAAGAAGAUAUAUACUCACCGGAUGUCACGCCAAACGGCACUCUUCGACGCCGAAGAAGUCGGAUACCUUGCGAAGACGACGACGGUAAUUUAAUGGACUUUUUGAGAACGUCGGGGCAAGAUGGCAGUCGUGAGAGAAAAUCGUGGGGUAGUUUAGAUCGUUCGUGGGCGAGAAGGGCUCGAGGACAAUCUCGAAGAAGCGAUCUGUUAAACGCCGACUUUUCCAUUGAUCGCGAGAGACCUAAUUCUCCGUCCCCCUUGAUCGAGAGCAAACCUUUCUUACAAGAAGAAGAAACGAAAUCUACAGGGAAAGCAUGGCGGCAAAAAAUUGAGGCGUGGUUGUCGGAGAAUGAAAAAGAAGAUCGGGCAGGGGAAGAGCUUCAGAGGAAGGCGAGACAAUUGCAUCACGCGAAUCGACGAUCUUACGAAGACUCUGAGAGCGAAAGCAAGACGAACACUCAGAUCGAGGCCAAUUCCACGCGCGAUGCUUACUCGGAAGUUUACGAUUGGCGUCCAUCCGUCGAGAAGACAGACGUGAUACGCACGAUGGAGGCUAUCGAAGAGGCUGAAACGCAUCCAUCGCAAAAGGAUAAAUCUCCUUGGCGAAAAUCUAGCCUGAACGUACCAAACAGCAUGGAAGAGACUGACCCGCGUUAUUCCCGUAGGCUAAGAUCGAGACUGAGCGCGGAGAACGUUUUAUCUUCUUCGAGCACGUUACAGUCCAUUAAAGAGGAAGAGAGAAAAAAGAACAAAAUCAACGAUGCCGCGAAUAAUCCAACUUCUCAGGACGAAUUAACUAUCUAUCUGCGACAACCUUACGGCGAUCCUCAACUCGGCGGUUCGAGGAGAUUUUCUUCCAAGCUGAAGAAAGGCGCGGAUGAGGAAAAGAUGAUCGACAAGAUAGAGAUCGACUCCGAUAAUAUAGAAACACCGCCGGCUACUAGAAAACUAUUCAGUCCGCCGAGAGAGGUGAAACCGGUCGAGAGGGAGCCCUGCAAAAGGGAACGUUGCAACGGUUCCUUCCAAACCAGAGAUUUCAAGAACGCGACGGGAAAAAGUGUAAAUAAUAACACCGAUUUCGGGACAGGUAAUUUCGAUCGUUAUUCGUCGGCGAGGAGAACGCGAAGGUACAAAAAGAACCAAGAGAACGGCGCGGAGAAAGAAUCGAAGCACGAAGUGGUCGAUAGCGAUUCGUUUGGGGAGAAACCGGCCGAACGGCCGCACACGCUUCCAUUGUCGGAGGAAGAGGGGCGAGGGAAAUGUUGCCAAACGUCGCCUGUUUGGGAAGAGAAAUCGAAACGGCAAGAUACGUCGAAUUUGUUCGAUAUAGAUACGGCACUGGCGGAGAUCGCCCGUUCCGGUGAGGAUCUUCAACGAUUGUCGCGGCCGUUCACCAAUCGAAACUCGAGAUUACCGGUUAGCCAACCGUCGGCCGUGAUCGCCGUAACGAACACCGUUCUUAGCCCCGUGAUGCAAGAAUCCAGGCCACGCGAGCCGUCUUUAACCGUUCACGCGGAAAGAGCGGUGACCAGUCGCGAGCGGCAGAGGAGCAUGAUCGAUCCUAGUCAGGUGAAAGAGGCUAUCAGUUUGACCAACAAUCCGCCCAGUCAGGUGAACGAAGAUCGAAACGUCUCAAUCUCCUCCCGAUCGCGACAUCAGCCUGCCGAAGACGAAAUCGAUCUGGCCGUCGAAUCGAACGAGAAUAUCCAUCGCGUCAAACGUUCCGAAUCGACGCCGCUUCGAAACCAAAAUAAAAUGAUGCAAGACGCGCCGCGAUCCAACCACGACGGUUCUGCCUUUCAUCCCACUUACGCCUCGUCCCCUCAUCUGAAUGUCCCUAACUCUACCUCUCACCACUCUUUCUCCUCUUUGCCCCCCUCCGGUAAAGUUCGUGAUCAAGAGAUGAACGACGAGGGUUUCGAGGAGACGCAAAGUUUAGUUUCGGAAACCCUGAGUCAAGAGACGUCCUCUGGAAAUUACGAAACGGACACUCAUGAUUCAACUCGAUGCUCGCCGGCCGAAUUGCGUUACGGUGGAGUCGAUUCCAAUAAUCCUUCGAUGGUUCAACCCACCAUUGAUGUCAAAUCAUUGGGUAACCACGAUUCGGCCAAUCCGAUUGGAGGAAAUCCGUUGAAAGCGACAAAAACGUCCGCCGCGCCAUCUACGAUCAAAGCCAACUCGUUAAAGCACACCGUUGAGAAAUCUAGCUUUCUCCCGAAACGAGCCAACAGUUUGAAGCGAGAUGUUGGAAAGGCGGAAACUGCGCAACGAAAUUCGAGUUCGACGUUCCAAUCGACCAACAACAACAACAACAACAAUCAAAUGAGAAACGAAGUGGAACGUUCGGGAUCGAGGAGCAGUCUUCGCAGUUCCCGAAGCUCGUUGAACAGCGCCACGUCUGUCAACACCGUGCGAAAUUUAGUACCGAAUCACGCACCUCUGCGCACCUACACGUCCGCGAUUUGCGCGUUGACCAAUGACUUACGAAAAAGUCCAUCUCACAAUCCGUUGCCGUUGAAGAACAACGAGAAACGUCGUACGAAUCCACGUUCCACGACAAUAAGCAGAAUACCCGCGAGCAGAAGUAGCAGCAGUGGAAGUAGCGUGGGUCCGACGGCAAGAACUGUUCGCAAAUCUCUCGGAUCGAGCAUCGACGCGCAAAAAAGAAACAAGGGAGGACGAGUAAUCGCUUCGCGUAGCAGCAGCAGCGGAAGCGGCAGCAGCGUGGGACCGUUAUCCGCUCCGUUGAAUCGCGUCAACGUUGAAAAAGCGACGACGCCGUCGGCUACCAAAAGUAAAUUGAUCCAUCCGAGAGCCGGGGCCAAGAAUCAUAGUUUCAUGAGGCCGACCGCAGCGAGUGUGAACAAAGGUUCUAUACCCAAUUUACCGAGGAGCAUCAAAAGUUUGGUUAAGUGAAGUGACGUGAGAAAAAAGAGGUGAAAGAGAGGUUAUAGUUGUUAGAGAUUGCUGUAGCUUUAUAUGUAUACAUAUGUACAUACCGUUUUUUUUUUCUUGUAAUAUGUUUAUUCUCAAAGAGUUUAUAUUCAAUGGGAUAUUCCUUGAUUUUUAAAUCGUUCACUUUGACAUUCAGUUCAGAUGAUUGACAAAAAAGAAAAGAACAUCGAUUUUACAAAAGACAUCGUUUUAAAGGGCAUUUAACGAGCUGCGAUACAAUCGUCUUAAGAUCAUUUCGAAUUCGUAUUUCUUGGAAAAUAUACGUAUAUUAAGCAUUUAUAUAAGAAGAACAUUCGAUUUCGAUAACGUUACGUUGAUCACUUCGGACGGGCUUGAUCGAAAAAUCAAAAAAAGCAUCACGCUUUGAAACGUGCAAUCGAAUACCACGUUCGUUAAAAUGCAAUUUUGAAUACUUACUUCAUAGUUCAUAGUUCGAAACAUCACGAGCAACGAAACAAUGCAAAGAUAUAAUUUAUAAUCAUCUGUA